UUCCCUGCUUCCAGGAGAUUGGGAGAAGAAGAUGCGGCUGAGCGGCCGGCACGGACCGACUGCUUAACGGGCAAAUCUUAGUCAUAGGUUUCCACUUGCCUUUUCUUUUUCUUUUUUUAGGUUCUUGCCAAAUUUGCUGCUUGAUGUCGAAUUUGAACCGGAGCAGCGAAUGAACUGAUAAGCUGUAAGGGCAGAAGAAGAAGAGGGGGAGCGAAACAGUUACUGACAGGAGUUGGGCAUCAUAUUGCCACCGGAUGUCAUUAUACGCUUUUAAAUAUCGAGGACUGUAAUCUAGACCAAAGGCAGAGCCAUGGAGGUUGUAACGCAUCUUGUGAAUGACACUGUAGAGUUUUACAAAUGGAGCCUUACUAUAGCAGACAAGAGGGUUCAGCACUGGCCCAUGAUGUCCUCUCCCUUCCCUACUCUGGCUAUCAGCUGCCUGUACUUGAUCUUCCUGUGGGCAGGACCUAAAUACAUGCAAGAUCGCCAGCCCUACACACUCAGGAAGACCCUCAUAGUCUACAACUUCAGCAUGGUGGUCCUGAACUUCUACAUCGCCAAAGAGCUCCUACUAGCCUCCAGAGCAGCCGGGUACAGCUACCUCUGUCAGCCUGUAAACUACUCAAAUGAUGUCAAUGAAGUCAGGAUAGCCUCGGCUCUUUGGUGGUACUACAUCUCCAAAGGAGUGGAGUUCCUAGACACUGUCUUUUUCAUACUGAGGAAGAAGUUCAACCAAGUCAGCUUCCUCCACGUCUACCAUCACUGCACCAUGUUCAUCCUCUGGUGGAUUGGAAUCAAAUGGGUUCCUGGUGGACAAUCAUUUUUUGGUGCAACCAUCAACUCUUCCAUCCACGUCCUCAUGUACGGGUACUAUGGCUUGGCUGCCUUGGGACCUCAGAUGCAGAAGUACCUCUGGUGGAAGAAAUACCUCACCAUUAUCCAGAUGAUCCAGUUCCACGUAACCAUCGGCCACGCCGGCCAUUCCCUCUACACCGGCUGUCCGUUCCCCUGCUGGAUGCAGUGGGCUCUGAUUGGCUACGCCGUCACCUUUAUCAUCCUCUUCGCCAACUUCUACUACCACGCUUAUCGACGCAAGCCUGCCUCUUCUCGGAAGGGAGGGAAGCCCAUAACAAACGGCUCCUCUGUGGUGGCUAACGGUCAUAGCAAAGUGGAGGAAGAGGAGGAGGACGAUGAGGAGGACAACGGAAAGAGGCAAAAGAAAGGAAGAGCGAAAAGGGAGUAAAGCAGGAAACGGGGCUUGCUUUGCGAAAAGCAGACAGUUAUUUUAUGGGCCAGAGAAGGAGGGAGGGGAGGGGAGGGAUAAGCAGAGUUCAAACCAGACGAUCAUCCCUGCAAAUAAAGUGGAUGGAUGUGAUUAGGGACCAACUUGAUGAAGUGAAUGGUUAGCAGUGUGUGUUCACUGGGUGUGUCUGUAAAUGGUUCUGGUUUUGAGGGGACGAGAGUGUCGGUUGUCUCCAUGACAGUUUUCUUUUGUAAUUAAAUCCAGAUAAGAAAAGAAAAUUGCUGUUCAUGUAGGCCCACCCCCCCGUUCCUCUGUCCAGCUCUGUUUUGGACCAUAGUAGGACCAAAAUAUUAGAGGAACCGCAUCCUGCUCAGCAUCCACUUACUUUCAACCGGAAUCCACCUCCAACUUUUGUACUCUGGAUUCCAGUACUGUUUAAAAGCUUAAUAGUGUUUAAUAAGCUAAAUUAAUUUAUUUUCUAGUGCUUUCAAUGAGUAUCAAUUCAUUUAAACUGUUAACAAGGAAAAAACAACAUACAAAACUCUGAUCUUUCUUUUUUUUUUCUUUUUUGGUUUGGGGGGUAAUCAUUGUUUACAAAUACUUAGUUUACCUUAACAUGGCUAGCAAAGAAACAAAAAAAAACAUGUCUCUACAUUAUCUGCCAUCAGCUCUUUGCAGUCACCUGCACCAUCUACCAGACUUCAAAUUUCACUGUCUUCUCUGACUUUAUUUACCUGUGCUGCAUUUACAGAGUGAUACACUAUUUUCUUUAUGUGCUUUGUGGAUUAAAAACCUGGUUUUAAAUACUUUUGAGGGGGGCGGUGAAAUUGUAGUUUUUUUUUUUUAUAGAGUCAACGCUAAUUUAUGAUUAUCUUUGUUAUAAUACACAUUUCUGUGGGUCGUUCUUUCUUUUUGCUGUGCAAUGUAGCUGAGGUGCAAGAAUAAGAGAUUGAUGUACAGCUCAGUAUUGUCUCACUGCCACGUAGAACGGACGGGGAAAGUCGUCUUGAGAAGAGCUUCGUCUUUUUUUUUUAAGGAAAAGGAUUGUCUUAUUAAAACAGAAGUGACACAGCUUUCCCUGGCUGCACAUAUAACUGAAAUAAAGACAAUGUCAGCACCCCA